AGACGGAAAAGCCGGAAAAAGAUACGAGAAAUGCCUGCAAAGAAAAAACUUGAAGGCAAAGCUAAAGCCGGGAGUAUACCGGGGGAUACAGGAUCUGUGGCAACCGCGACUAUGGUUCGGUGCCAAAUGCAGCCGCGCGCCUGCAAGAGCAAGAGCCAGAGCGCCGCCAGGCCCAGUCUUAGUCCCAGCCGCCUGGCCAAGAAGCCCAGCCUGACGCCGACCACCGGUUCUCAGGCGCCAUCGCAGACCAUCGCAAAGUCGAGGCCCACCGGUCUCGAGACGAUUUUUGAACGGCCCGGCAAUGAGGACGACGGGCCCACAAGCAGCCAUGCCGUGGCAUUCGGCGAGUGCCAGCGCCGCGUCCUCGCCCUGGGUACGGGCGAAAAAAAAAGAACCCUGUCGCAGAAGAGCUGCCUAAAGGUGCGCAACACCUUGGGCGAACGCAGCACCCGGCACAUGAUGACACUGCGGGCGUCCCGCACUACUUUGGACAGCGUAAUGCUCGGGGGCUCGGACGAUGAAGGCGAGUCGGACGGAGACGCUCCCGCAGUCGCUCCCGUAGCUGCUCCCGAAGUCGUUCUCGUUGCUCGUUUGAGAAGUCGAAAGGUUUACCCAGGAGACGGAAAAGCCGUUUGAAAAUACGAGAAA